GAUGAUGGGCAUGUUUAAUGUGUGCCAUACCAAGGAGUCCAUCAAACAUCUAAAAAUCUGUAACCCCACCCAUUUCCCAAACCACAACAGUUCUGUUCUGUGAGCAUUCUUCUUGUUGCUGUUAGAAGGUCCAGAAAAAAAAAAAACCCUCAAGAAAUUCCCAUGACAAAAUGGAUCCUGAAGACGCUGAGCUGCGGAACAAGCCGGCAGGCAAUGCCAGUCCAAGAACCGUUGACCUCUCCCAUCUUCCGUACCCGCUCCCGUCAACUGCCCCCUCCCGCCCUCUGAAGUUCAUGCCAGAGAUGAUCGACCUGAACAGACUUCACCUCCAUCGGGUGUUGGGCAGAUAUGACACUGUGCAGGUUAAACACGAAACGGUGAAUCCCUUGCCUAUGUGGCCACCCUCCUCUAUUCUGAUGCACCCACCGCCGCCGUACUUCCCCCCUCUUCACCCCGGUCUCAUCCCCUACCCGUACCUCAUGCCCGGACCCAUCAUGCACCUCUCCCCCAACCACUUCCACCAGGGUGACCCACUGAGAUAUCGCCGGAGGGGUCCAGAGGGCCUUAAAGGCACCCUGACCAGUGCGGAGAAACUGGGCCUGAACAUCCACAUCGACGACAGCUACUACGUGGACGUGGGAGGUGACCAGAAGCGUUGGAAGUGCCGCAUGUGCGACAAGUCGUACACCUCCAAAUACAACCUGGUGACUCACGUGCUCGGCCACAGCGGCAUCAAGCCGCACGGCUGCAGCCUGUGCGGAAAGCUGUUCAAACAGCUGAGCCACCUGCACACGCACAUGCUCACUCACCAGGGCGCUCGACCGCACAAAUGCCAGGUGUGUCACAAAGCCUUCACCCAAACCAGCCACCUAAAGAGACACAUGAUGCAGCAUUCGGACGUCAAACCCUACAGCUGCAGCGUCUGCGGGAGGGGAUUCGCCUACCCCAGCGAGUUGAGGGCACAUGAAGCCAAGCAUGAGCGGGGUCAGGAGAACGUCUGUGUGGAGUGCGGCUUGGAUUUCCCCAGCUUGGCCCAGCUGAAGAGACACUUGACCACGCAUCGAGGUCCCGUCCAGUACAACUGCACCGAGUGCGGGAAGAGCUUCCAGUAUCCCAGCCAGCUUCAGAACCACAUGAUGAAACAUAAGGACAUUCGGCCGUACAUCUGCAGCGAGUGUGGCAUGGAGUUUGUUCAGUCCCAUCACCUAAAGCAGCACACGCUCACUCACAAGGGAGUAAAGGAACACAAGUGCCGGAUAUGUGGGAGGGAGUUCACCCUUCUGGCUAAUAUGAAGCGUCACGUACUGAUCCACACCAACAUCCGUGCCUAUCAGUGCCAUCUGUGCUAUAAGAGCUUUGUUCAGAAACAGACACUCAAGGCUCACAUGAUUGUUCAUUCUGACAUCAAGCCCUACAAAUGCAAGUUAUGUGGAAAAGAAUUCAACAGAAUGCACAAUCUGAUGGGACACAUGCAUUUACACUCUGACAGCAAGCCAUUCAAAUGCCUGUACUGCCCAAGCAAGUUUACACUGAAAGGAAAUCUGACACGACACAUGAAAGUCAAACAUGGCAUCAUGGACAGAGGACUAGAUGCUCGAGUGUUUAGGCGUAGGGGGAGGUUUGCCAUUCUCUCCUCUCAGCUGGGAAUCCUCUCCCGGUUUGGGCAGGAGGAGCCAUUUGACCUGUCACAGAAGAGCCAAACCCAGCUGCGCCUCUCCCAGUCUGACGGAGAGAGCGUGAGAGGGAGCUCCUGUCAGGACGAGGACAGCGACAGUCCUUACCGGCUGAGCCAGUACAGCCCGGAAGUCUACCAUCCAGAACUGAACGAAGCCGCCGAGCCCGCCGAGGCAGACGAGGAAGAGGGACCGGAAGAGGAAGAUGAAAAGGUGGAAAACGGGAAUGUCGAGGAGGAGGAGGAGGAGGAGGAGGAGGAAGAGGACGAGGAGCAGGGUGAAAAGCGGGAGUACUUUUCUGCUGAAGAGGAGUUUCAGUACAGUGUGUUUUAUGAGAACCAGAGUGAGGGGAGCAGUUCAGCCUCCUCUGGAGGAUCGCCAGAGAGCACUUACAGGGACUAA